CACUGGCUGAUACAAAUAUAGGCCUUGCAUCACACAGCAGUAGUCUUUUUACUGCACUUUCUACAGGCCACGGCGCUGCAUCUCUAUAAGAUGGAGGGUGGCUGGCUACUUGCUCUGGUGAUAUCCACGACGUGUGGCUUGUUUGUUAGCCAUGUGAACGCGGCGAAUGUGUUGGCCCUUUUUCCCCUGCCAGCCAGGAGUCACUGGUUUUCGCUCAAACCGCUCAUCACUGGGCUGUCCGAAAGAGGUCACAACAUCACACUGCUGAUAACCGAGUCAGAGGAAGAUAUACCUGAAAACUGGGACGUUAUCAGAAUUCCAGCGGUAUUUCCAGUGACCAUGAUGAAACAAGAUAUGAUGAAACUAAGCUCAACGAAAGGCAUGAAACUAUAUGCUACAUUCAUUGACACUGGCAUCGAAAUGUGUGAAAAACUCUUGCCACUGGAAGCUGUUCAAAAACUGAUGAAUACAAAAGAGAGAAUGUUCGACCUGCUUGUCAUGGAAUACUUCUUCAUGAACGAUUGCUUUUUAGGUUUCUCACACAAAUUCAAUGUACCCGUGGUCGCCUUGUCUUCUGUUGGAGGAUUUCACUGGGUAACAGAUGCAGUUGGCGAGCUAUGCACGCCAUCAUACAUUCCUGAUAUUUUGAGCGACUAUACAGACCACAUGACUUUCUGGCAGCGUUUAGAAAACACCGUGGCUCUAAUGUACGCAAGGUACGUUUAUAAUUAUCACUACUUACCGAAAAUUGACGAAAUUAUCGAGAAAAAUUUCAAAGAUCCUACGAUGCCUCGACUGUCAGCUCUGAGAGCCAACACGUCACUGAUGAUCGUUCAGAGUCACGUGAGCUUCAGUUAUCCACGACCUCACUUACCCAAUGUGAUUGAGACCGGCGGAAUGCACAUCCAGCAACCAAAGGCACUGCCACAGGACUUAAAGAAUGUAAUGGACAACGCAAGAGACGGAGUAAUAUUCUUCAGCAUGGGAUCUUUAAUAAAGAGUGCAGAUUUUCCACAGGAGUGGGUUCAAACCUUCCUCACAGUCUUUUCUAAACUGAAGCAACAGGUCCUGUGGAAAUGGGAGAACGACACCAUGCCUGGGAAACCAGCAAAUGUGCAUCUGAGAAAAUGGUUUCCGCAGUCUGACUUGCUAGGUCACAAAAACGUGCAGCUUUUCAUCUCCCAUGGGGGACUGCAGAGCUCUUUGGAGGCGACCGCUCGAGGUGUUCCGGUGAUUGGUAUGCCAGUUGCUGCCGAGCAGCGCUAUAACGUCCAGAGGAUCGCCAGCUAUGGAUACGGCAUCAGACUAGAUCUGCAGAACAUCAGUGUUCAGUCGGUGGAGUGGGCUGUUAAUGAAGUUUUAAACAACCCAACGUACCGCGAGAACGCAAAGCUGCGGUCCCGCCUGUUCUGGGACCGUCCAGAGAGCCCUGUGGAGACGGCCGUGUACUGGACAGAGUACGUGCUGAGGCACCGGGGCGCCCCCCACCUGCGCAGCGCCGCCCUCGACCUCAGCUGGUACCAGUACCUCCUGCUGGACGUCGCUGCCCUGCUACUGUCUGGAGCGCUCCUAGUUCUUACAAUCGCUGUCGUGGCAGUCAGGACACUCUACAGGCUAAUCACAGCCAGAACUUCAGCGUCACACGAACAGAAGAAAAAGAAAACAACGAAGAAGGAAUGAAGAAGUCUGCAGCUAAUGGUGCCACGUCUCUAUGUACUCUCGGAACCCAACGUAAAUAGGGCCAGCACCUGGCGACACACUGCGUCCGCCAUGUUUUGGAGGCUACUCACAACACUGGCCGUUUAGUCUCCAUGCGUUUUCAGAGCAAACUUGUUUCUGUCCUCUUUGACAUGUCUCUUAAUUCAUUGUUUGACAUUAUUCUGCUGGAUCGUGGGUAUCUCGACAUUCUAGUCACUCAUAAGACUAAUGGUAGGUGGGUAGGCAGAUGAAUGGUCACUAACCAAUGUAGUAUUGAGAAACCGGGAAGUACUUUUAACACUGACAUUAUGCUAUUAUACUACUCUUUAUGCGUUUAUUAAUUUCCCGUUGUCAACGUCUGUAGUGGAGAGAGAGACAGCACGAGACAAAUAUGACAUGACAAACACGUUAACUGUGAACUUUCUGAUUUAAGUACUUAGUGAUGAUUACAUCGCAGAAGUCUUGUGUAAUUAAAGCACGAAUAUGUAACUUCCGUAGUAAGUGAGAUACGAGUUUCACGUUAAAAUUAAUCUGCACUUGACUUUAUAUAUUUUUACGGGAAACAGUAAAAUAGUUCUUCCAAAUAAAGUUGUAAUCUACGAUAAACUGUAACAAGUUUCAUAGUUAUCGACACUAUAUUUGGAAUAAAUCUAGACUUUCUGACAUGAA